GAGAGUUUCUGGACAGUAGAAAGUGAGGUAACGGGAGGAGAAUGGCCCCGGAACGGACGUGCGUCCUGGAGAAAGGGCCCGCGGGCUACGGCUUCCACCUGCACAGUGAAAAGAACCGGCCCGGGCAGUUUGUGAGGCUGGUGGAGCAGGGCUCAGUGGCGGAGAAGUCGGGGCUGCGGGCGGGGGAUAAACUAAUCCGGGUGUGCGGGGAGGAUGUGCAGGAACUCGGGCACCAGCAGGUGGUCAACAAGAUCCGGGCCGUGACUGAGACGCUCAUCCUGGAGGUGGAAGGACCCGAGGAGCCAAGUCAGGAGACGCCUCAGACUGUUAAAGAGACGCCUGCAUCUGUUACCGUCACGAGCGAAGGACGUCCUAGGUUGUGUACCAUGAAGAAGGCCUCCGGCGGGUACGGGUUCAAUCUGCACAGUGACAAGAAUCAUCCCGGACAGUAUAUCCGAGCAGUGGAUCCUGACACACCUGCCGAACGAGCUGGAUUGCGCCCAAAAGAUCGUAUAUUGGAGGUCAAUGGGGAAAGCAUGCUUGGAAAACCACAUGGCGACGUGGUGAAUGCCAUCAAAUCAGGGGGUGACGAAACGACUCUGCUUGUGGUGGAUCCGGAGACGGAAAAGUACUUCCAGGAAUGUCAUGUGACCCCUGGACGGGAACACUUGACAGGUCCUUUGCCGAAUAAAUUUGCUAAUGGAGACAUUGAAAAGGAGAAGUUAGAGGAGGAGCAUUUGGAGAAUAAUGCUGAUGGAGACUCCCCGGUGUCCUCUCCAGAGCCUCUGCCACUAGAUAUGUCACCCACCCAGAAUAGCCAAAAGGGUAUUCCAGAUUCUGCCCAAGCGCCCAACGACGACACCGUGCCCACAGCCGAAUCCCUCGAUCUUAACAUGUCACUGGCCGCAGCAAAGGAGCGAGCCCACCAAAAGCGUUCCCAGAAAAGGGCACCCACUAUGGACUGGAAUAAAAGAAAAGAAGUUUUUAGCAGCCUGUGAGGCACUCGUCUGCACCACGCGAUAUUCCUGUCACCUGAAUCGGCCGUUCUGUACGUCCCGUUCCUGUUCUCGGCAGAGACUGGUUAUUUACCCCUGUUCUGUGGGGUCGGUCGGUGAAGGAAGACGCUUGUUACCCGGUGAAUCCGUCCAUUUAUCUGGAGCUCAAAUGUUGGAGCGCUAGUGGGACAACACAGCAGUAGCGCUCCAUCCUAGUGCAAGCGAUAAAGUUUUGAAUGCCACCUGCAGGCGUCUGGUCAGCGUGGUUCUGAUAGGUCAUGGCUAUUGAGGUCAUUGAUCCCAAUGGCUGAAUGACUCUUCUGUUUGCCCACAGCACUGCUAGUGCCUGCAUAUUCCCAUAUACUGCAGAGACCCACAGCCAUUUGGCUCAAUGACCCCAGUAGUCAAGUCGAUUCUCCAGAAAUGUCACUUCGGUGUCGUGUAGGCAUCAGACUGCUCAAGCCUUUCAUUUUCUGGCUGGAGCACACUUUAUUAUUUUUUUUCUUCUGUAUUAAGUGGUCUUUCUCUUAGAAAGUUCCAUUUCGGAGACUCUAAGGUCCUGCUGAAUUUCCAGUUUUGUUUUCACAGAUUUAUAUAUUGUUUUUUUUUUGCUUUUUUUUUCAGUUGUUUUCCUAAUAAUUUGUUAAACUGUGACCAGAUAUUUUGCUAUGUAGCGGAAUACAGAUAUCUUUACUUUUAACAGUUGUGCUGUGUUAUUGAGUUGCUGUGGUGUGAAAAUACAUAUUAAAAGCUGA